AUGUAUAGAGCAAGGAGUCGUCGGAACAACGAUGGUAGUGGCGUAAGAGGACCAAACAGUGCUUUGACCCAGUUUUUAAAGGAACAAGGUAUUAGUGCUGAGAAUAUUAGAGAUAGAUGGUUAGAAGCUCAAAAGAAGGAAGCCGAACAUCCACAAGAAACUCAGAAGGAUGAUUCUGAAACAGAAUCUGAUGAAGAUCUUAAAGCAGGGGUAGCUGCAAAAAAACGGUCAAGAAAGCCCAGAGCUGUUAAGAAGCAGGAGUCGUCUUCUUCCGGAGAAAGUGAUGAUGAUGAGGACGACGACGACGAAGAUGACGAUGACUACAAAGCAGAGGCGAGGCUUCGCCGGUUACGUGGUGCUGACCUAGAAGAUUCUGAUGAGGAAGAAGAAGUAUUGCCGGUUUCUGAUCGAAAGAAAAGGAUGUUGACCUUGACUAAUGGUAAGAAAACUUCUCCGCAACUAGCUAAGGCUCGCCAUCAACAGAAGAAAACUAGAAGAAAGAAGGCUGCCAAUCUUUUAGACAAGAAGGACUCACUCAUUUCAUCAUUGCAGGAUAUAUGUAUUAAAGUUAUCGGUAAAUCUAUUGUGGAAUAUAAUGCACAAUCGAUGGUGGAACAUAUUAGAGAUACUUUAGGUGGUGUAUCUUUAGAAAACUUGAACAAACUAGCACAAGCUUUGACAAAAAAUCGGGCCUUGAAUGAUGAUACUUUACAGUUAUUCUUGAACACCAGUUUAACUACUUUGACGUUUUAUGACUGUUCAAAGUUGUCAUAUGAAGGCUACAAGAGACUUGCCAUCUUUUCGCCGCAUUUAGAGUCGCUUUCCUUACAGAUGUGUGGACAGUUAAAUAAUGAAGCUCUCUUGUAUCUAGCCGAAAAGCUACCAAACCUAAAAGAACUAUACCUUGAUGGACCGUUCUUAAUUAAUGAGGAUACAUGGGUUCAAUUCUUCGAAUUGCUAAAGGGUAGACUUACUGCUUUUCAUGUUUCCAAUACCCAUAGAUUCAAUGAUAAUGCAUUGUCAGCUAUGCUUCGAAAUUGUGGAUCGUCCUUGGAAUCUCUAGGUCUAGCAACUCUAGAUACUGUGACAAAUUACGCCCUAUUACCGCAAUAUCUUAACUCUCCUAAUUUCCACACUUUGAUCUUGGAAGAGCCAUCUAGAGAAACAGAUAUUAAUGACGAGGUUAUUAUAAGUUUGUUAGGAUCCAUAGGCCAGAACCUUAGGAAGUUGUCGCUCAAUAGAUGCACUGGCUUGACUGAUAGCUGUAUAAUUAAUGGAUUUUUACCAUUUUUGUCUAACUCAGGGCAAUCAAUCCUUACAGACUUGGAAUUAGAAGAAUUGGAUCAGAUAACCACCGACGGCAUAGUUCUAUUAUUCUCUUCGUUGCAGUUCCCUUUGUUGAAAAGAUGUAGCUUGAAAAGAUGUUUUGCUUUGGAGGAUGCAGCCGUAGUUGAAUUAUUACUUAACUCCUCUUCCACCUUAGAAGAGUUGAAUCUAAAUGGUCUGAAAUCCCUAACAUCCAAAACUUUCACCUUCAUGGCAUGUCCUAACCUCAAGCAGCUAAAUAUAGGGUUUGUCCACUGUGUGGAUAAUGAAAUUGUGGAAAAGAUAUCCAAGGACAAUGAAAAGCUCACUAUUAUUGAAGUUUAUGGUGAUAAUCAAGUCACAGGCAAAUGCUCUCCUCGGAAUGGUGUAAGCAUUAUCGGAAGGCAAAGUGACAGUAUAUAA